ACGGGGAGGGGGCGUGGUGCCGGCCGCCUGGUGUACGCAGGCGCAGUGUUUCCAGCGCGCUGAUGGCGGAAAUGGACCUGGAUGCGGAGUUGCCCCGGCCGGCUGGCACUGCACGCUGGGCCGAGGUUAUGGCUCGCUUUGCGGCCAGUGUGGGCGCGCAGGGCCGGCGGAUAGUGCUGGUCACGUCGGGCGGCACCAAGGUCCCCCUGGAAGCGCGACCUGUGCGCUUCCUUGACAACUUCAGCAGCGGGCGACGCGGGGCAGCCUCGGCCGAGGCCUUCCUGGCUGCGGGCUACGGGGUUCUCUUCCUGUACCGCGCUCGCUCGGCCUUCCCCUACGCCCACCGCUUCCCGCCGCAGGCCUGGCUGUCGGCCCUGCGGCCUUCUGGCCCAGCCCAGUCGGGCAAGCUGAGUCUGGAGGCCGAAGAGAAUGCACUGCCAGGCUUCGCUGCAGCUUUGCAGAGCUACCAGGAGGCGGCUGCUGCCGGCACCUUCCUAGCCGUAGAGUUCACCACUUUGGCGGAGUACUUGCAUCUGCUGCAGGCUGCGGCCCUGGCGCUCAGUCCACUAGGCCCUUCUGCGAUGUUUUACCUGGCUGCGGCCGUGUCAGAUUUCUAUAUUCCUGUCUCUGAAAUGCCUGAACACAAGAUCCACUCAUCUGGGGGCCCACUGCAGAUAACAAUGAAGAUGGUGCCAAAAAUGCUUUCUCCUUUGGUUAAAGACUGGGCUCCCAAAGCAUUUAUAGUUUCCUUUAAGCUGGAGACUGACCCCUCCAUUGUAAUUAAUCGUGCUCGGAAUGCUUUGGAAGUUUAUCAGCAUCAAGUGGUGGUGGCCAAUAUCCUUGAGUCCAUGCAGUCAUUUGUGGUUAUUGUAACCAAAGACUCAGAAACCAAGUUAUUGCUCUCAGAAGAUGAAGUAGCAAAAGGCUUAGUGAUAGAAGAGAAGAUAGUAGAAGAUCUUCAGUCCCGACACACAGCUUUUAUAUGUGACAGAAGCUGAAUGAGAGGCUCUUCUAGGAUCAAAAGUAAUUGUCCAGUGGACCAGUGUGCUCACAGUUGGCAAGAAUUAGAGUAAUCCUUUGCUUGAUAAGGAUAGACAGUAAGGAAAGGUUAAGUGGUAUGCAGGCAAAUAAUGGCUUGGUAUUUAUCUUUUACUAACAGAACCACCUGACACACCCAAAUGGCUUCUUGAUUUGGAAAUUGAACAUAGGGCCACAUCUUGCUUUUCAAACAAGACUUUUGUGGAAUUAAGUAUUCUACAAAAUGCACAUUCGGAACUGAAUGUGGAAAGGAUUAUGAUGCAUGAAUGCUCAUGCUCUGGAGAUCAAGUAUUUAUUGGGUGCCUACUAUGUGCCAGGACCUGUGUGAGCUAUGAGGGUUAAAAAGAUGAGUAAACAUCUCUCAUUCAGGAACUGGAUGUAUAAAAAAUUAAGUGCAAUAAAGUAUGUGCCCACAAACUGA